UUUUGUGUGACAGUAAAAUGGUAGGAAGAGAAGGAUUGAGUACUGAAGACUUGAAGUUGUGUUUUGAGAAGAUGAUGAUAUCUGUUGUGGCCGGAAAUGGAAUUGGAUGUCCGAUCGGAAUUAGACAGAUUCAUCUCACUGGAUGGAGUGAUCUUCCAAUGGAACUGUUACUUCGAAUCGUUUCUCUUCUAGAUGAUCGAACGGUGAUUGUUGCUUCGGGAGUAUGUUGUGGAUGGAGAGAUGGAAUUAGCAGGGGACUUACUCAUCUCUCAUUAUCAUGGUGUAAGAACAAUAUGAAUGGUCUGGUUAUGUCUCUUGUUCCGAAGUUUACACAACUGCAGAGACUAAUUCUUCGCCAGAACAAACCACAGCUUGAAGAUAAUGCAGUCAAGACUAUUGCCAACUGCUGCUACGACUUACAGGAACUAGAUCUUAGCAAGAGUUUCAAGCUUACUGAUCAGUCUUUGUACUCGUUAGCAGAUGGUUGUCCAAAUCUGUUAAGGCUUAAUAUCAGUGGAUGUUCAUCUUUUGGUGAUAAAGCUUUGAUAUACCUGGCUCAGUUUUGUAGAAAAUUAAAAUAUUUGAAUCUCUGUGGAUGUGUUAACGCUGCAUCUGAUAACGUGUUGCAGGCUAUUGGAUAUUACUGCAAUGAACUGCAAUCUGUGAAUUUAGGAUGGUGUGAGAAGGUUGGUGAUGCUGGAGUGAGUUGUUUAGCUCAUGGAUGUCCUAAUCUGCAAGCUCUUGAUCUGUGUGGCUGUAUCCUAAUUACAGAUAUAAGUGUGAUUGAUCUAGCAAAUAACUGUCCUAGUUUAAAGUCACUUGGGCUCUACUACUGUCACAACAUCACGGAUAAAGCAAUGUACUCCCUUGCUCACAGCCAAAUGAAUCGCAAAACACGAAAAUGGGUGAAAGACGAAGAACAAGAAGAAGAAGGGCUCGUGAAUUUGAACAUAAGCCAAUGCACAGCCUUAACACCCAAAGCGGUCCAAGCUGUAUGCGACUCAAAUCCUGCAUUGCACACGUGCCCGGGAAGGCAUUCUCUCAAAAUCAGCGGCUGUCUCAACUUGAUGUCCGUUUAUUGCACUUGUGUUGUCCAAUCGCAUCGAUAUGGCUAAUUUCUAUAUACCCCUUC